AUGAUCUCCGAGUCCACAGCAAAUCAUACGGGUGAUAAGGAUGACCCGGUAAAUGUCACACCGGCAUGGUCACCACAUGAGGAAGAGGAGUUGAGAAGGAUUGCCACCCAGAGAUCUGUGAGAUCAGUAGCAAGGACGACUGGGCCUGGGAAUGCACAAUCUCCAAAGCUUGAUCCAACGAGUCCCGAAUUUAACUUGAUGGAGUGGAUGCUGCAUGAGGUUAGGCAGUUUGAGGAGCACAAUACUGGACGGAAAACCGGGGUCAUAUUCAAGAAUCUUACCGUCCAAGGCGCUGGAUCUGAUAUUCAACCCCAGCAUACAGUUACGCUUUCUGCUGAGACAAACGGCCUGGAAUUCUUACCCGAGACAACCAUCAAUUACGAUAGAAUCUCACAGUCCCUGAUGAAGAACAAUUUUAUGGGCGAUAUCCUCUAUAGCCAAGAGGUUGAGAAGCUCGGAGAAACACUUGAAUUCGCUGCUGCUGCACGUGCCCCUCGCCAAAUUCCAGAUGGCAUGACGAAGAAAGGACAGAUUGAGCACAUGCGAGAUGUGGUUAUGACUGUUUUUGGUCUUUCCCAUACCAUCAACACAAAAGUGGGAUCUGAUUUUAUACGAGGUGUUAGCGGUGGCGAGCGAAAGCGUGUAUCAAUUGCAGAGAUGGUCCUCGCCAACUCGCCGGUUUGUUGCUGGGAUAAUUCCACACGUGGUUUGGAUUCUGCUUCGUCGCUGGACUUUGUCAAGGCACUGAAAAAGAGCUCGACAAUUUUCGGAACCACGCACCUUGCGACUUUAUGUCAGCCCUCUCAGGCUAUCUACAAUCUUUUCAACCAAGUUGCGGUGCUUUACCAAGGACACGAGAUCUUUUUUGGUUCCACUUCAGAAGCGAAACAAUACUUUCAAGAUAUGGGCUGGCAGUCGAAAGGCCUACCGGGCUUCGAAAGCAAGGUUCCCCGAACUCCCGAGGAGUUCGAAGCCCGCUGGCGGAGUAGUUACCAAUGCAGGGGGCUGAUCCAGGAGAUUGAAGAUAGUAUCAAGAUGCAUGGUGCUGAUUCCGAGUCCGUCAAUGCAUUCAAAGAGAGUCAUCCAAAUCGGCAAGCCAAGUAUACUCGUUCUACCUCUCCCUACCUGUUGAGCAUUCCUAGCCAGGUUUCAAUAUGCCUCAGGCGGUUUUACCAACGCACUUGGAAUGAUAUCGCUUCCACAGCGACUUUGAUGAUCGGUCAAGUCGUGUUCUCACUCAUUAUUGGGUCUUUGUACUAUGGAACUCCCUUCGGCACCCAGGCUAUGACCUUGAGGAUGUCAGCAUUGUUCUUUGCCAUUCUUCUCAACUCACUCUUGACGGUGGCUGAGAUUCAAAGCUUAUACUUUCAGCGCCCAAUUGUGGAAAAACACGCUUCCUAUGCCUUUUAUCAUCCAUUCUCAGAGGCCCUUGCCGGUGUCUGUGCAGAUAUACCCAUCAAGCUCGGAACCAGUUUGGUGUUCAAUGUUGUGUUCUACUUUAUGUGUGGGCUACGCUAUGAGGUUGGCCCGUUCUUCAUUUACUGCCUUUUCGUUACGUUAUCUCUGCUUUGUAUGAGCCAGAUAUUUCGCUCAUUGGCAGCUGCAACGAAAGCAAUCCCUCAAGCCCUUGCUGCUGCGGGUGUCAUUCUGCUAGCUGCAGUCAUUUAUACUGAAUACAUGCUACCUGAGCCUAACAUGCAUCCUUGGUUCAGAUGGAUAUCUUACAUCAAUCCCUUGAGGUAUGCAUUCGAGGCGUUGGCUGUCAACGAGCUCCAUGGACGCGACUACCCAUGUUCGAGCGUUGUACCAGCCUACCCCGGAUUUGUCACUGGAUCCAGCAAGUCGUUCAUUUGUGCUGAGAAGGGUGCUUUGGCUGGAGAGUUAUUCGUUAGCGGGGAUAGCUAUCUUCUCACCAGCUACGGCUAUGAGUACAGUCACCUUUGGAGAAACUUUGGGAUCCUUUGCGGGUUCACGAUAGCCUUCCUUGUCCUUUAUUUGAUCCUCGUUGAGUUCAAUUCAGGGUCCUCUUCCUCAGCUGAGAGUCUUGUUUUCUUACAUGGUAAAGUUUCUCUCGCGCUUCAGAACUCGGCAAAUGAUUCUCGGUCAUCCACUACCAGGGCGAACCAGGAGCACGUAGCCUCUGAGGAGGCUAUCAUGCCCCCACAAACGGAUACAUUCACAUGGCGAAAUGUGUGCUACGAUAUUCAGAUCAAGAAAGAAAAUCGUCGCUUACUUGAUAAUGUCAGCGGUUGGGUGGAACCUGGAACGCUAACGGCCCUCAUAAAUGUCUCCGGAGCUGGGAAAACAACGCUGCUGAAUAUUCUUGCUCAGCGUAUUUCGGUCGGAGUUUUGACUGGUGACAUGCUGGUGAAUGGAUAUCCGCUCAGCGCAAGUUUUGAGCGCAACACAGGCUACGUUCAACAGCAAGACCUUCACCUUCAUACUGCAACUGUUCUCAUUCGAAUGCUGAACAUGGAAGAGUAUGCGGAGGCUUUGGUGGGCUUUCCAGGUGAGGGAUUGAAUCUCGAGCAACGGAAGCUCCUCACCAUUGGUGUAGAGCUUGCUGAAAAGCCUGCAUUACUUUCUUUCCUUGAUGAGCCGACAUCCGGGCUGGACAGCCAGUCAUCAUGGUCCAUCGUCGCACCCUUACGUCGCCUUGCAUCGAGUGGGCAGGCCGUUCUUUGCACCAUCCAUCAGCCUUCGGCUAUGUUGUUUCAACAAUUCGAUCCUCUCUUAUUUCUCGCAAAAGGUGCUAGGGUCUGUCAUGACUCCGAAAAUCCGGCCGAGUAUAUCCUAGAAAUUGCAGAUGCAAAGGGAAAUGGGAAUGGUGAAAAAUAUUGGCCUACGCUCUGGAAGAGCAGUAGGGAGGCAGAUGAGAUGAUGAUGGUUCUUGACAAAGCUUGUGCAGAACACCGGCAGGGAGAAACUUCAACUACUGACACCGACGCCAAUGCUGCUUCCGCCUUCGCGAUGCCUUUCAAAGAGCAAUUCAUCGCCGUGCUUCACCUCUUCGUGGGAUUUUCUUUUUACCAGCCUGGCACAUCCGAACAAGGCCUACAAUCAAUCAUCUUCUCGGUGUUUAUGAUGACCGCCAUAUUUACUGCAAUGGUCCAACAAAUCAUGCCCCAAUUCAUCUUCCAGCGCGAUCUUUACGAGGUUCGAGAACGUCCCUCAAAAACAUACCAUUGGGCAGCUUUCCUUGGUGCCAAUAUCCUGGCUGAGAUACCUCAAAUAUUUGUCGGAAUCGUUGUCUACGCUUCCUUUGUAUACUCUGUCUACGGCGUUGUAGACUCGCAACGCCAAGGAAUCCUGCUACUGCUGAUUGUGCAGUUCUUCCUUUAUGGAUCGACAUUUGCCCACGCAGUGGUUGCCGUACUGCCUGACGCUGAAACUGCCGGGCUGUUUGCCACUAUGCUGUUCAAUAUGACCCUGGUUUUUAAUGGUGUACUAGUCUCCAAAGCUGCUCUACCGGGCUUCUGGUAUUUCAUGUAUCGCGUUUCCCCUAUGACAUAUCUUGUCAACGCAAUCAUUGCGACCGGAGCGAGUGGCAGACCGGUGAACUGUUCAAAGAAGGAGCUAAGUGUCUUCGAAAUGCUAAAAGGGUAUGCGUCUUGUGCGGAUUAUCUCGAGGUCUAUCUUCAAGCCGCUGGAGAUGCCGCAGGCAAGCUUCUCAACCCCGACAGCACCGAUCAAUGCGAAUAUUGUACCCUUCAAACAGCGGAUCAGUAUCUAGCUAGUCUGGACAUAUCUUACAGCACCCGGUGGCGGAACUCUGGCUUGCUUUGGGUUCACGUCGGAUUCAACAUUUUCUUUACACUCGUGGUUUAUUACCUCUGUCGGGUGAGGCCAUCGAAGAGAAAGGCGUAA